AUGGCUAAGAAACCGAAGGCUGCCUCAACUAGUGAUUUGGAUUAUGUUCCAUCGGAUCAAGACCAACUGAAGUCCAAUGAAGGCGAAAAUGUUCAUCUUGAAAGCUCACCAAGAGGAAAUACACAUCCUCGUUCCCCAACUCUUGAGGUACGUUUCAACGAAUUUGGUCCAACUCCACCUCCUUCUCCAUCUCCUACUACAGUGCCUAUUUCAAUGGCACCUGUUCCCCCACCGGUUACAUCUCAACCUACCUCAACUACACCAAUUGCUUCAACUGCUCCUCUUCCACCUCCAAUCAUCAAACAAGCAACAACCACAACUACUACAAUAGAACCUCCGGUUGUUGUCAACGUAUCUGAUACGAGGGCGGCUACCGAGGGUAUCGACAUCCCUGUUACUUCAAAACCUUUAUCCCCACCUCCCUCAACUGAAUCUGAUACUGUUCUUGGCGUAUCCGAUAUGGAGUAUGACUCUAUUUAUUAUAGCCCAUAUCAUGUUCUAAGCGAUGAUGAUGAUGAUGCUCCCAUCACCAAGCGACACCUAAAGGAUGUAAAUGAGAAGCUUGACAGGUUGCUCGCUUCAUCUUCCACUUCCUCAAACUCUGCUUACUCUGAUACUGCUGUCAAAGCCCUGAUUGAAACUUCCAUUCAAAAGCAUGAUGAGUCCAUCCAGACGGCGACCAAGACUGUGGAUGCCUCUACAUUAUCGUGUAAGAAUGCAUCUGCAGAGGUGGGAAAUGUAAUUGAAGAUGCCAAUAUUUUUCUGGACUCUCUUAAGGGAGUUGCUGAGUCCAAUGCCAACAAGGUCAAUUCUGCUACUGAUUCUCUUUCCAAAUCACUUCAAGGUGAGCAACAAAAAUUUGAGGUGGUGCGUGCUUCUCUAAAAACUAAUGAGAUUGUUCUUCUAUCAUCCAUCUCCUCUCGUCUGAACAAACUGCAGAAUAAUCUAGCCAUGGAAAACAAGGUCAUGGAUGAGCUGGCUCUCUGUGACAACCCGAAACUUUUUCUGUUAUCCUUACCUUGUUUCCGUUAA